CGGCCGGCCGCGGCUCUGGGGACCCGGCCCUAGUCGCCGGCCCCGCCGCCCCGGGGCGCCAUCGGGACGACGCGGCCCCGCGCGGCGCGAGGAGGAGCCAUGGGCAAGUGCAGCGGGCGCUGCACGCUGGUCGCCUUCUGUUGCCUGCAGCUGGUGGCUGCCCUCCAGCGGCAGAUCUUCGAUUUCCUGGGCUACCAGUGGGCUCCCAUCCUGGCCAACUUCCUGCAUAUCAUGGCCGUCAUCCUGGGCAUCUUUGGCACCGUGCAGUAUCGGUCCCGGUAUCUCAUCCUGUAUGCAGCCUGGCUGGUACUCUGGGUCGGCUGGAAUGCCUUCAUCAUCUGCUUCUACCUGGAGGUUGGACAGCUAUCCCAGGACCGGGACUUCAUCAUGACCUUCAACACAUCCCUGCAUCGCUCCUGGUGGAUGGAGAACGGUCCAGGCUGCCUGGUGACUCCUGUUCUGAACUCCCGCCUGGCCCUGGAGGACCACCAUGUCAUCUCGGUCACUGGCUGCCUGCUUGAUUAUCCGUACAUUGAAGCCCUCAGUAGUGCCCUGCAGAUCUUCCUAGCUCUGUUCGGAUUCGUGUUUGCCUGUUAUGUGAGCAAAGUAUUCCUGGAAGAGGAGGACAGCUUUGACUUCAUCGGUGGCUUUGACUCCUAUGGAUACCAGGCGCCUCAGAAGACAUCGCAUUUACAGCUGCAACCUCUGUACACGUGGGUCCUUGGCGGGAACUGGGUGUAACUGGAGGGUGUAACUUGGUGUUGGUGGAAAGAAGUGCAUGGAGAAGGCGUGGGCAUCCGGGUCUCUCUGCCCACCUACUCGCAGACCUGCAAAUACACUUCUAACCUGCUUUUGUUUCCUGCAGGUCUGGGUAGCUUCUGUUCCACACCCACCUCGUACAGCUCUCUGGACCUCUGGAGCCUGAAGCAGCGCUGUCCGGAGGCUUGGAUCACGAUGAGCAGGCGCGCCCCCUGGUGGCGCUUAGGCUAACUGCAGCUCGUACAGCCUCCUGGAUCUGCAGCCCCUGGAGCAAAUGCGGACUCACUCAGACUUGAACUUGGACCUGACCCUAGCCGGACUUCAGGGUUGGGGCAGGAUGGGGUUGGGGGGAGGGGGAAUCGCUGGGUUUGUAUUUUUUUUAAUCUCAGCCUUGGUACAUGCCAGGGUCUUCCUCUUUCUUCAGCUCUACUCCUUACCUAGUAUCUUGCCCUCAGUCCAAACAGCAAGACAGACGAACUCACCCCAUCUCACCUCUCAUUCACCUGCCCUGGGGAAAGAUACUGUGAACUAGAAGCAGGAGUCCUAGGUUCUAUCACUGGCAUCCUGUGUGACAUCGGGCAGAGUCUUUGCUCUCUCCGGGGCUCAGUUUCCCCACCUCAAAUAAUUAAAAUAAUCCCUUAGCAGAUGAUACUCCUA